CUCAUUCUGAUUGGUCGACGCCCGAUGCCCGGUGUCCGGGUAAGAUGGCGUCGGAAGAGCAGUGCUCGGCACCACCUCGAUGGCGGUCGAUAUCCUUAACCCACGUAGAGUAUCCGGCUGGUGAUCUGACGGGGCAGGUGUUGGCCUACAUGAGUCUUUUGCCCAUAGCGAUCCUCAUUGGCUUCGUCACUCUGAUCGUCUUCAAGAGAGAACUGCAUACGAUCUCUUUUUUUGGGGGAUUAGUAAUAAAUGAGGGGCUAAACUGGCUGCUGAAACACAUUCUACAGGAGCCGCGGCCAUAUGGGGGAAGUCACAGUUCACUCACUACAGAGUACGGGAUGCCCUCCAGUCACUCUCAGUUCAUCUGGUUUUUUGUUGUAUACUUUUUUCUUUUUCUUUAUUUAAGAAUGCACCAGACGAACAAUGCCAGGUGUGUUGAAUUGUUAUGGCGGCAUAUAUUGUCCAUCAUUCUACUGGGUGCGGCUCUCUCCGUUUCUUACAGCAGAGUCUACCUCCUGUACCACACCUGGAGUCAGGUGAUUUAUGGGGGUGUGGCCGGUAUGGUGAUGGGAGUGGUGUGGUUUUUUAUCACCCAGGAGGUGCUAACGCCACUCUUUCCCAAGAUAGCAGCCUGGCCUAUCUCAGAGUUUUUCCUGGUGAGAGAUACAAGUCUCAUUCCAAACAUUCUGUGGUUUGAAUACACAGUAACCAGAUCAGAGGCCAGAAACAGACAACGAAAGCUGGGAACAAAGCUUCAAUGAAAUGCUGCAAAACCCCAGUUAAAACUGACGGAAAGGACCACAUACAUGCACACUCACACACUGUACACACUCUCAAACACACUGGAGUUUCAUCGUCUGGACUGUUCUGGUUGAUACGAAAGCACUGAACAGUGUACUUGUGGACCAAAGGAACAAGUUUGUAUUGCAGACGUGACCGUUAAACGACCCAACCAUUCGUUCGCACGACAACAUGGCCUUUUCCUCCCCCGUCUUUAAACUGCCCCAGCAAUCCUAAUGCAUGCGGACCGUGCAAGACAGAAAAACUAUUUAAUGAGAAAUGUUAUAUUUUAUUCAUUAACGCUCACAGGGAAGAUCAUAACAGUUUGUAUCUGAUGUGAAUUGGGAAAAAGGUUGAAAGAAAGCAAUGAAAGAAAAUGUACGAUGUGAUAAAUCUAACAGCAUGGCAUUACUUUUAUUUAAACGACACGUGAAAGGACCAGGGACGGGACAUUUAUGGCUGGGUGGUAAAAAGCAGGAGACGAGGGGGAAACAUUGAUAGCAGACGACAGGUGGGUGUAAGAAAAUUGCUUUUGCUCAUUUGUAUAUUUUGAAAGAAGAAAAAUAUUAAUUACUGAGUGACUCUCAUGUCAAGGGCACAUUUCACUCCAAAAUGGGAAAUCCUUAUUUUGAUCAUAUUUUAUCUAAUUUUCCCCAAACUAUUAGUAUGCAUCUGCAUAUUUUACUUUUUUUGUAAUUCCCAUUAUUCUCAAUGGUGAUUCUCAUUACUGUAAUAUAUUUUUACUGUUAUUAAAUGCAUUUUUACUGUAUUAUAAAUGUUUUUAUUUAAAUCCAUUUAGAUUAAAGGUAGUUGUUAUACUACCAUGAUGUAUAAAUGCUUUACAAUUAAAAAAAAAUAAAAUAAAAAAUUACAUUACAGAAAUGAGAAUGGGGUUUUUUUGCAUUACGGUAAAGUUGCAGUUGCGAAAACUCUUAAUGAUCAUAUAUAUAAGCUUCGAUUACUUUAAGCAGUUUUGAUUUUGGGGUGAAAUAUGACCUUAAUUCAUGUGUAAAUCUACCUAUGCUCUUGAUAAAAAGUGUAAUGUAAUCUAAAACAAUUUGCACUUUGUAAAUUUGAACUUUUUUUAUUAUUAUAUUAACACUAGUUCAUGGAGGCAAGUAUUCUUUUUUUUGUUUUAGAGUUUGUCCAUUGACAGACGUGUCCCUCAAACAGAUGUUUACUUUUGAUUUGUGCUCCAGAAGUCCAUGGACACAUUUGGUAAAUGUCUUGAGCAUAACGCCAUAGCAAAACAUGUUGUUACAUAAAGUAUUUGGUUCAUCUGUCUCAAAUGGUGUUCUGGAACAAAAUUAGGUCAUGGGAACAAAAUUUGUGCUUGCUUUAGGUCAGAAUGUUGUUGUACUUUUGUUUCAUCCCCAUUUGUUUAACAAAUUGCAUUGUAACGAUGUGUUGUAAUUACAUCAUCUGUUUUGUACUGCACAAUCAGUUGACAAAACAAAAAAACUGAUGGUUCUUCCAUAAUGUUUGUUCAUCGUGAUCUGAAAGAUAUGCAGCAUUACAUCAUAUUUUGGAUUGACAUUCCUUUUUUAUUAGUACCAGUCCAAGUCUUUGAGGAUGCAAUUCUGACUUGAAGGAAAAAUAAUGCUCCGCUUUUAUAAUUAACAUUUAUUGUCAUUCUAUUUAUUACCGGCUCGGACAGAAAUUCAGUUUUCUCACUAGGAAGAUUUUAUUUUAUUUUUUUCGGAUCUGUGAUUUAAUUAAAAACAAUGCAACUGCUACAUCCAAACUAGAAUAGAUUACAAAUGGAAAUAUAAAAAGGACAAAAAAAUCUGAACCCAAUCCUCAGGUGAACUUUAGCAUGUGCCGAGGCCUCUGUUCUCUUAGAAUGAUGUAGAAACUGUCUGUAAUGGGGUGUUUAUAUAAAGGGAAGGGAGGUUAUUGCAUAACUCAAAGAUGAUCCUCUCUUUUAUUCAUGUGUAAUUCAUAUCAGGCUGAAUAAAAAACAAAAACAAUG